GAACUUUACUUCACUCCUUUUAUCCCAAUGAAAACAAAACCCUAACAUUUUCUACUCUACCACUCCAUCUUCACUUUCACCCAAAAACCCUAAAUUCCCUUCAAUUUCCCCCCAAUUUCAUAAAAUUAGCUUGAACCACUUCUCCCAAUCCGUGGUUCCGAAAAUGUCUCACCGCGGUGGCAACUCCAACCCGUCGGCGGCGAAAAGUGAGCUAACCGGAAACGGCACAGUUUCCACUCUGGCGAAUUCGAGGCAGAGACUGAGGUCGAAUCCGAACAAGGAGCACAAACCAGAAGUUUACGCUGAUCUGGAAUUGGAUUUCAGUCCUUCGAUUUUCAGUUCGUUAGAGAGACACCUUCCUCCCAACAUGCUCGUUAUUUCUCGUGAUGAUAAGGCUAAGUUCAUGACGGAGAUUUUGCUUAAGUAUCUUCCUACUGGAGAGCGCAAUAGAACUCAGAAGCAUAAAGAAUACAGACAGAAGAUAAAAUCGUAUUAUCAGCCUUUACAUCCCGAGUUGUACACUAUAAAUCCUACUACAUUCUUUGUGCCAACAUUUCUCAAAGCAAUUAGUGAUAAUACAGAGCAAAGCUUUAGAAGCAUAAUAUCUGAGCCCUCUCCGGACAUUCUUGUAUUUCAAAUGUUUCAGCCAGACUUCUGUGAGUUGUUGCUAUCUGAGAUUGAACAUUUUGAGAAAUGGGUGACUGAAGCGAAUUUCCGGAUCAUGCGUCCCAAUAGAAUGAAUAAAUUUGGUGCCGUGCUUGAUGACUUUGGGCUUGAGCCGAUGCUUGACAAGCUUAUGGAUGAUUUUGUUCGUCCUUUAUCUAAAGUUUUCUUUCCAGAAGUUGGAGGAUCAACCCUGGAUUCACAUCAUGGAUUUGUUGUAGAGUAUGGUAAUGAUAAAGAUGUUGACUUGGGUUUCCAUGUGGAUGACUCGGAAGUAACCUUGAAUGUUUGCUUGGGUAAGGAAUUUUCCGGAGGGGAGUUGUUUUUUCGAGGCUCAAGAUGUGAGAAACAUGUAAAUACAGGAAGUCAGCCAGAGGAAGUCUUUGAUUAUUCUCAUGCUCCGGGACGGGCUGUGCUCCAUCGUGGGCGACAUCGUCAUGGUGCUAGAGCUACAACAUCUGGCCAUCGGAUCAACUUCUUGAUGUGGUGCAGAAGUUCUGUCUUUAGAGAGAUGAAACUGUAUCAAAAAGAUUUCUCCAGUUGGUGCGGCGAAUGCAAUCGAAUGAAACAGGAAAGACAGCACUCCACAUGUGCUGCUACAAGAUUGGAAUUGAUCACACGGGAAGGUGAAUCCGCCGCAUAGUGCUGGGUGGAUGGUUGUAAAGUGUUGUAGCUGAGAAUCAUUAGUCAAGUCACUAAUGAUUCCUGAUCCAGGUCUAUGUAAGCUAUAUAUUUGAAAAAACUUUGAUAUUUGCUAAAAAUUUGUAAUGGUUUCUCUGAAUACUGAUUGUGGUUUUUGAUACAUAAAUCCCCAAUAACACGACUAGUGAUAUAGCUUUAGGCUCUGUAAUUAUUUACCAUCUAGUUAUUUAUUUUAUUUUAAUUUUAUAA